AAUUAAGCUGGGCUAUGCACCAACGCUGCGAUUCGAUUCCCAUAAUACAAUCUUUCAGCGACUGGCUAUAUAAACUAGCGGAAGCAGCCUCUACCGUACUACCCGGAUCAAGCGCAAAGACCAACAGUGUAAACACCCAUUCACAAACUCGACGAGGAUCGUCGAACGAAGCAACUUUCGAUACGGAGGUCGAUCUCCAGGAAGAAACCAGAGCGAGCCAAACGUGCAUUAUGUGUAAUUCUACUGAACACACCGCCGCUCAAUGCGAAAAAUUUAAGCUGCUAACUGUUCCAGAAAGACAAAGAAUUAUAAACGACUCUCGGGCUUGCUACAGAUGUUUGAAGGCCCAUCGCCGUAAAUGUUUUUCCAGGCGCGACUGCGGAGUCGACAACUGCCAAUCCAAGCAUCACCCGUUACUUCAUAGAGAUCCACCUCAAUCAGAGCUAGUUAGUGCUCAUCAUGAAGAAGGCAUUAUGGAAGAACAAUACUUCCGAAUUCUGCCAGUCACUCUGUAUGGAAAAGGAACUUCCAUUAAUACAUUUGCCUUUCUGGACGAAGGCUCAUCAGUAACUCUCAUCGAAAGCGUACUCCUGAAGGAUCUAAAAAUUGCCACAACAAAUGAACCGCUAUGCCUACAGUGGACCGGCGGCACCACCAGAAUGGAGGAUACUUCAGAGAGAGUGCAACUUCAAAUAUCAGAGACUGGAAAUUCGAAAAAGAUGUGGCUUAACAAAGUGCACUCUGUUAAAAAGCUGUCAUUACCAAAGCAGACCGUUGAUGCAGACAAACUAUGCAAAAGGUAUAAAUAUUUACAUGGAUUGCCUCUGAAAUCAUAUUAUAACGCAGAGCCUAUGAUUCUUAUCGGUACUAACAACUGGGCAUUAGCAGUUCCCAGAAAAAUCCGUGAAGGAAGACGCAACGAACCCAUCGCCUCAAAAUGUGCUCUAGGAUGGAGCAUCCAAGGAACAGGAAACUCAAGCAAACAUGUUUCUCUACAUCACUGCGAAUGCAACUGGGGCGAACUCGACAAAGCCAUCAAGGAUAGUUUUAAUGUAGACCCUAUAGCUCCACGAAAGCUUCAAUCGGAAGAUGACAAAAAGGCCAUACGCAUUCUUGAAGACACAUGCAAAAAGGUAAAUGGCCGCUACCAGGUUGGUCUUCUUUGGCGAGAUGACCGUGCUACGCUCCCAGAAAGCCUUUCAACUGCUUUAAGACGCCUGGAAUGCCUGCGGUCAAAAAUCAAGAGAGAUCCAGAAUUUCGAGCGAGUUCAAGACCAAAUCAACAAUCUUGUGUCUAAAGGAUAUGCAAUCGAACUAGAACCUACAGACAUAAAUAAGGAAGAACAUCGGGUAUGGUAUCUCCCAAUUUUCAUCGCCUUAAAUCCUAAUAAACCUAAUAAAGUACGAUUGGUUUGGGACGCAGCUGCGAAAAGUCACGGGAAAUCUCUUAACGAUUUUAUUUUAAAUGGACCCGAUUAUCUAAAUCCAUUCGCAGAGGUUCUUAUGGCAUUUAGAGUUGGUCGUAUCGCCGUGUGCGCCGACAUUGCAGAGAUGUUCCAUCAAAUUACCAUACAAGAAAGCGAUAUGCAAGUUCAAAGGUUCUUAUGGUUCCAUAACGACAAAAAAACUCCAAGAACCUUCGUCAUGCGUUCGAUGACAUUCGGAAUUUGCUGCGCACCUUGUAUCGCCCAUUAUGUACGCGACAAAAACGCAGAGGCAUUCAAAGACACAAAUCCUCGAGCAUACGAGUCUAUAACCAAGGCACACUAUAUGGACGAUCUCAUCGACACCUACACUAAUGAUUCCGAGGCGGUAUCAGUGGCAUCAGCAGUCAAGGAUAUUCAUGCGAAUGCAGGAUUCACAAUAAGAAACUGGAUCUCAAACUCCGCCGCGGUUAUGCAUCAUUUUGGAGAGCGCCAAUUAAACACCCACAAUCCAAAGGAACUUGGUGGACCUGAAAAGGUUCUCGGUUCGCAAGACUUCAAAGAGAUGUCCUGAACGGAGACGCUACACCAACCAAGCGAGAAAUCCUGCAGGUACUCAUGUCCGUCUUUGAUC